AUGCGACACGCCAGCUAUCUCAACUACGAUGCGAAGACGGACAAGCUUUAUCUGAUCGACCUCGAGGGCCUCGGAUACACCGACUCGUCCACGUCUGUUGUGGUUGAUGAGGAGAGCCCGUUCGUGGAAGCAUUCAACAUCUGGCAACGCGACCUCCCCACCAUCACUGGCGUGCUCUCCACCAUCGGCACCAAAGUCGACGCCCUCGGCACCGCCAUCCAGGGCUACACGGGCGGCGACGUGACCAAACUCCAACAAGCAUCCAACAAUCUCGUGGCGGCCAUCAACAACGGCAACACGAAGGUCAGCGGCUCCGGGGCUCUGUCCUCCGGCGACGCUCUGGGUCUCCCCGGCCCGGUCAACGACCUCAAGAACAAGAUCUCGACCGUCAUCACCAAACUCGAUGGCAAAAAGGCCCAGAUUGUCAAGGCCGGCAAGGGAGCCCAGACGUACAAUGAUUUGACGCAGCAGAAGGCCGCCGCGAAGAAAUUGUCCGAUACGAUUGUGUCCAAGGUGCCGCAGAACUUGCAGAGCUUGGCGGGGUCCAUUGCGGGGGGGAUUUCGGAGGCGAUUGAUACGGGGGUGAAGGAUUAUGCGGAUCAGGCGCCGAAGGGGAAGAGGGAGGCUGAGGCUGAGGCUGAGGCUGCUCCUGUUGAGGUUGCUGUUGAGGUUUGA